AUGUCUAUCACUCUCGGCCAGUACAUUUUCGAAAGAAUGAACCAGCUCCACGUUAAAACAAUCUUCGGGGUGCCUGGUGACUUCAACUUGCUACUUUUAGACUAUAUAUCCAAGGUUCCAGGCAUGAGAUGGGCCGGGAACGCCAACGAACUCAAUGCCGCCUACGCCGCUGACGGCUAUUCCCGUGUGACUCGCUUGGGCUGUAUUGUCACCACAUUCGGUGUCGGCGAAUUGUCCGCGUUGAAUGGGAUUGCCGGUGCCUAUGCAGAACAGGUUGGCCUCGUACAUAUCGCUGGGGUGCCGGCCACGUCGUCCCAAAACAAUAGGUUGUUGUUGCAUCACACCUUGGGUAACGGAGACUUUACCGUUUACAGAAAGAUAAAGAUGUCUGCUCACUUACUGAAUGUCAACGUGAUGUUAAAAGACAUCACCACCGCUCCGUCUGAAAUUGACAGAUGUAUCAGAGAGGCCUACAUCCACCAAAGACCUGUUUACAUAGGCUUGCCAACCAACUUGGUGGACAUAGAAGUCCCACGUUCGUUGUUAGACACCGAAAUUGACUUGACCCUUCCAGAAACUAAUGCUGCCGCCGAAGAAGAGGUGGUUUCCAGAGUCUUGGACUUGAUCAAAGGUGCCGAUAAUCCAAUUAUCAUCGUGGAUGCUUGCUGUGCCAGACACGGCUGCCGCGGUGAAGCGCAAAAAUUGAUCGAAUUGACCCAAUUCCCAACCUUCACCACUCCUAUGGGGAAAGGUGCAGUUAACGAAAGUCACCCAAGAUUUGGCGGUGUCUAUCUCGGGGACUUGUCGUCUCCCGACGUCAAGGAAUUUGUUAACAACAAGGCCGAUUUGAUCAUCUCGCUUGGCGCGGUCUUGUCUGAUUUCAACACCGGUGCGUUUACACACCGUUUUUCCACAAACGAUCUCAUUGAGGUCCACAGUGACUACACCAAGAUCAGGAACGCCACCUACGAGAGAAUCCAGAUGAAGCAUGUGUUGAACACGUUGUUAGGAAAAAUCGGUAGCGCUAUCAAGGACUACAAGCCGGUCGAGUUACACUUUCCCAGUUUGAAACAGAAGAUACCUUCUGCUAGCGGGACAGGGAAAGUGUCCCAGGAGUACUUGUGGAAGGCUGUCGCAAAAUUUUUCCGCGAGGAUGAUAUCGUUAUUACCGAAACCGGCACUUCAUCCUUCGGGAUUGUGCAAUCAAAGUUCCCUAAUGAAACAUUGGGAAUCUCCCAGGUUUUGUGGGGGUCCAUUGGCUACACUGUUGGUGCCACUUUAGGGGCUUUGAUGGCGGCUGAAGAAUCUAAAAAGCCAUCCCGCAGAGUGAUUCUCUUUAUCGGCGAUGGUUCCUUGCAGCUCACCGUCCAAGAGAUCUCCACCAUGUGUAAAUGGAACUUGAAACCAUACUUGUUUGUUUUGAACAACAACGGAUACACGAUCGAAAGAUUAAUCCACGGCGAGAAGGCCUCGUACAAUGAUGUCCAACCAUGGAAACACUUGAAGCUCUUGGAUCUCUUUAACGCCCAAGACUACGAAAACAUCACCGUCAAUACGGACAAAGAGUUAGACGAGCUCUUUACGGACCAGAAGUUUGCCAAGAACGACAAGAUCCGUAUGAUUGAGCUUCACUUGGAAGAAAUGGAUGCGCCAAUCAGUUUGAUCGAGCAGGCCAACAAAACCUCCCAGACCAACGCCUCAUAA